GGGAGCCACGGCAACCGGGCUCCGCGCGGCCUCCCCGCGCCCGUCAUGGCGGCCGGGGGCCCGUCCGCCUUCCUCCUCCUCGUCAACGGACAAGUGGAGAGCGCCGAGUUUCCCGAGUACGACGACCUCUACUGUAAAUACUGCUUCGUAUAUGGCCACGACUGGGCACCGACAUCUGGUUUAGAAGAGGGCAUCUCCCAGAUAACCUCGAAAAGCCACCGUCGGCAACAGUCCCUGGUGUGGAAUUUCCCAGUCGACAUCACCUUCAAAAGUACCAACCCCUUCGGCUGGCCGCAGAUAGUAAUCAGUGUCUACGGACCCGAUGUGUUUGGAAACGAUGUCGUACGAGGCUACGGAGCGGUACACGUUCCUCUGACGCCCGGGCGACACAGAAGGACCAUUCCGAUGUUCGUACCCGAAUCGACAUCGAAGUUGCAGAAGCUGACAAGCUGGCUCAUGGGACGGCGCCCCGAGUUCACGGAUCCCAAGGUGGUCGCCCAGGGAGAGGGCCGAGAAGUGACAAGAGUGCGCUCUCAAGGAUUUGUUACCAUCUCAUUAAACGUGGUGACGAAAGACUUGAAGAAGUUAGGCUACGAACCGGGUCCUCCGACGCGCGAAGCUGCUCGGCGACGGCCGGCUCAGAGGGGCCGCCUAAGUGAGAAACCCGGACUCUCCGUGCCGAAGGAACACCGCCCUUUCCCGGGAAGCUUCCGAGUUCAGACUCGAUUCCUCUUACACCCCCUGGGGCUACUGCAUUUGCUUCUCUAGACCGUCAAAACCCGACAAUCCCAAACUCACCGGGAUCUGUACUUCGGUACCGUUGUGUGACGUUACCUCGGAUGACGUAGCCAAUGAUUUUUGUUAAAUAAACGUUUACGUUCCCCGAGGGCCAAGUCUU